AUGCCGUUCAAGCAGCACAAUCGCCAGUAUGACUUGGUCGUCUUUGGAGCCACUGGUUACACCGGCCGAUUGGCAGCCGAGUACAUCACCGCCAACUUCCCGGUCAAUACGAGGUGGGCAAUUGCAGGUCGCUCCGAGUCGAAGCUCCAUGCCCUUGCUGAAGACUGCAAGAAGCUGAAUCCGGACCGGAAUCCGCCAGCAAUUGAAACGGCGGGCGUGGACAGCCAUCAACAACUGAGCGCGUUGGUGAACAAGACAUUCGUCUUGAUAACAACCGUCGGCCCAUAUAGCGCUCAUGGAGAGCAUGCAGUCAAGGCAUGCGCCGAAGCCGGCACACACUACUUUGACAUUACCGGCGAGAGUCCCUGGACGUACAAGAUGAUUAAAAAGUACGAAAAGGUCGCCAAAAGGAGCGGCGCUAUUCUUAUUCCCCAGAUCGGCCUGGAGUCUGCUCCGGCAGAUCUCUGCACUUGGGCUUUGGCCACCACGCUUCGAAAGCAGAUGGGUGUCAAGACAAAGGAUGUCACCAUCUCGAUUCACAACAUACGAGCAGCUCCAUCUGGAGGCACCGUUUCUACUCUCCUCACACUUUUCGACUACUUCACCGUGAGCGAGCUGGCUGAGUCUGGAAAGCCCUUUGCACACUCACCUGUGCCUCACCCGAACGAGCCAAAAAGACAUCGCCGCUCUAUCUGGCAAAAGGUCUUUGGCGUUUACCAUGUACCUAAUCUGGGGACCGUUACCACUGCCUUUACCAAUCCGGCCGACCAGGCAGUAGUAGAACGCUCAUGGGGGCUCUUGUCGCAAAUUCCAAGUCGCAAGGACGAAUUCUACGGGCCAAACUUUCACUGGGCAGAAUGCCACAGGGCUCGCAAUUGGUUGCAUGGAGUAAUUAUCCAUUUAGCAAUCGUCAUUGGUGUGUUGCUGGUUGCUACAGGGCCGCCAGUCAGGGCGGUUCUUCGCAGAAUCGUUCCAGAACCAGGCACAGGGCCAUCGAGGGAUGAAAUGGAGAAGGAGGAGGUUGAGUGGCGUGGCAUAGCGAACCCUGACACGGAGACGCCAACUAAUAAGCAGGCCUGUUGUCGAGCUUGGUACAACGGUAGCAUGUAUGCUUUAACGGCCAUGCUUUGCUGCGAGGGUGCCCGAACGGUGUUGGAAGAUGACCUCGGGCUAGAAGGAGGCUUCUAUACGCCGUGCUGCCUUGGGCAAGGCCUGAUUGAUCGGGCUCGUGAUGGCGGGUUCAAGAUGGAGACGCGAAUCCAGGACAAAUGA